AUGCCCUUUCUCAUCUGGCUGCAGACCCGGGAGGUAUCCUACAUGUCGGGCGAGCAAUACGACUGGGCAUUAGCAGACUGGCUAGAUGCAGAGGCACGGUGGCGAGCCGAAGAGCGCGAGUACCUCCAGGCAGACGAUAACUCCUCUGCCGACACGACGGAGGAGCCGCCAGUCGAGCCAGAACCUGACCCUGACGCUGAGGAGGGCGGCUGGCGACAUGGCGAGGUAGCCGGCAGGGAUGCUCUCACCUGCGCUGAGAGGAAAAGGCUUCGGCCCGACAAGAAUGGCUAUAUUAUAUUGACUUGUCAAAGACAAUGUCAACGCCAGCAGACGUAA